AUGCGCGAAGAGGAUUUAGAAGUAGCUCUUAAGGUGGUCAUUGUGGGAAAUGGAGGCGUGGGCAAGUCAAGCAUGAUCCAAAGGUACUGCAAAGGCACUUUUACUAGGGACUAUAAGAAAACUAUUGGCGUGGACUUCUUAGAGCGACAAAUAGAAGUAGACGGUGAAGAGGUAAGACUGAUGCUAUGGGACACUGCAGGACAAGAAGAGUUCGAUGCCAUUACCAAAGCUUACUACAGGGGGGCGCAGGCUUGCGUUCUGGCUUUUUCCACGACAGAUAGAGAUUCGUUUGAGGCAGCCCAUUCGUGGAAAUUAAAAGUGGAAAACGAAUGCGGCGAGAUACCCACUGUUAUCGUACAGAAUAAAAUCGACUUGAUAGAUCAAAGCGUAGUAAAUCCGGAAGAAGCGGAGCUCUUGGCCAGAGCCCUGGGCUGUCGCCUCGUCCGAACCUCUGUAAAGGAAGACUUGAAUGUCAGUGCGGUGUUCCGACACCUCGCGCAGCGAUGUCUGGCCGAGCUGCGCGACCCCAGAGAGGAAGACUGCGCCCCCGAAGACUACUUCUCCGUAAGGCCCCCCGCCAUGCACCAUAACGCCCUUAGUAUAAGUGCCUUCAGUCCUAGUCACGCUUCCAAAAACCACAACGGUACCAUAGUCCUUCAGCCCCACAAGCACAAAAAGAAGAAGAACGUGCUGAGGAACGCGUGCAGGAUCCUGUAG